AUGGCCGCAGCUCCCGGUGGCAAGACUACGUACAUUGGCCAACUGAUGCGAAACACGGGCACCUUGUUUGCGAAUGAUCUACGGCGUGAUCGAUGCAAGGCUCUUGUGGCAAAUGUGCACCGGUUGGGCUUAACAAAUGUUGUGGUGACCAACUUGGAUGGCAAGAAGCUCUCGAAGAUGCUGCCGCGCCUGGAUCGGGUUCUCUUGGAUGCUCCUUGCACAGGUUCCGGCAUUAUUGCCCGAGAUCCAUCUGUCAAGGUGAAGAGAGGCCAGAAGGACUUCGAAAGCCACAGCCGUUUGCAAAAGGAAUUGCUCGCAGCAGCCAUCGACAUGGUGGACGCAGGCUCCAAGACCGGCGGAUACGUCGUCUAUUCCACCUGCUCAGUGUCGGUGGAGGAAAACGAGGCGGUAGUGGACCAUGCCUUGAAGACGCGGAAUGUCGAAUUGGUGUCGUUCACAAGCUCCGUUAGCUUUGGCGUCGAGGGUCUGACGAAGUACCGGGAACGAAGGUUUCACCCUUCGCUCAACCUAACACGCCGAUAUUAUCCCCAUGUGCACAACAUGGAUGGCUUCUUCGUCGCGAAGCUGAAGAAAACGUCGAACAAAGUGCCAGAGCGUGCAAAGAAGGAUCGCGCAAAGACAGAUGACAAAGAAUGGGGUGAGGAGCAUUGGACUCCCGCCUUCAUGGAUUCCGUGGUUGAUUUCGAGGCCGGGAAUGGGCAAGCUGCCAGCGCCAAGAAGACGUCUCGAGAGAAGAAGCGUCUUCGACGACAGAAGCUCAUCGAUGCGCGCGGGUUUCAACAAAAGUUUCCACCACGCAGCGCAACCGAAGACACUGCCAAAGAGCAGGCUGAGGCUGAGCCUCGCAAAAGAAAGAAAAAGAUGCCAGCGAAAGAACUGCAGAGCGAGGUCAGCGAGGUCAAACCCAAAAAGUCACCAAAGAAGGUGCUGCCGACAAGCAGAAGGGCAAAAGCAGUCAAAAGCAAGGACAAAGCCAAGGGCAAAAUGAAAAGGCAAAAGCUGUAG